AGGCUUGGCAGAGGCAGCUGGUGCUCUUCCCAAGCUGGGAACAGGCUCCACAGCACCCCUGUGUUCCCGGUGGGACAGAGGGUGGGAGUGUGUGGGUCAGGAUGAGGCCUCUGCUCUGGGCUGCCUGCAGCCAGCUGCUGCCCCGGGGAGCUGGGCUCUGCGCUCCCAAGCUGGCUGUGACCACUAUGGUGACCACCUCACACCACAGCCUGCAGCCCCCGACCCUUCCGGCCACCUCCAGCUCCCGAGCCAGUGCAUCUGCAGGGUUCCUCCGGCCCCUGGUCCCAGGGAGCAGAGCCCCCAGCUGCUGGAGCUCUGAGUUCAAUGUGCCCCCCAGUGCCCUGCUGGUGGCCCGGCCUGUGGGGGUCUGCUCCAUGAUGAAGCUUCCCAUGCAGGCGUCAGCAGAGGGACUGGACGUGGCAUUUGUUGGUGUUCCGCUGGACACGGGCACAUCCAACCGGCCGGGAGCCAGGUUCGGCCCGCGUCAGAUCCGCGCCGAGUCCGCGAUGCUGAGGAGGUACAACAGCAGCACCGGGGCGGCACCGUUCGACUCCCUGCGGGUGGCUGACAUCGGGGACAUCAACGUGAACCUCUACAACCUGCCCGACAGCUGCCGCCUCAUCCGGGACUCCUACCAGCACAUCGUGGCCUCUGGCUGUGUGCCCCUCACCCUGGGUGGAGAUCACACCAUAACAUACCCAAUCCUGCAGGCCCUGGCGGCAAAGCACGGUCCCGUGGGACUGGUGCACGUGGAUGCUCACACCGACACCGGGGACAGCGCUCUGGGGGAGAAGAUCUACCACGGCAGCACGUUCCGGCGCUGUGCGGAGCAAGGGCUGCUGGACUGCGGCCGCGUGGUGCAGAUCGGCAUCCGAGGCUCCUCCUAUGACCCCGACCCCUACAAGUACUGCCGGGAACAGGGUUUCCGGGUGGUCCCGGUUGAGGAGUGCUGGAUGAAGUCCCUGGAGCCGCUGAUGAGGGAGGUGAGGGCACAGAUGGGGGACAAGCCAAUGUACAUCAGCUUCGAUAUCGAUGGGCUGGACCCCGCCUACGCCCCGGGCACUGGCACUCCGGAGAUAGCCGGGCUCACACCUGCACAGGCUUUGGAGAUAAUUCGUGGCUGCAAAGGCCUGAACAUAGUGGGGUGUGACCUUGUGGAAGUCGCACCAAUGUACGAUGUCUCUGGCAAUACAGCCCUUCUGGGGGCAAACCUACUGUUUGAGAUGCUGUGUGUCCUCCCAGGAGUGAAGACACUGUGAGGGCAGUUCCCACCUGCCCUGGGGCAAUGCUACUUCGUGUCCUCUGCCAGGCUUUCCACGUCCCCUUCCCUUCAGCCAGCUGCAGCCAGCGUGGCCUUUGCAGCAUGAAAUAAACGCCAUUUACUGCUAGAAAA